AUGGAUCCUUUUCAGUGCGCAAACUGGGGACAGAAAGAAAACGAUCUACUGCAACUGAAGGAUAAUGAGGGCGAGGACUAUUCUCAGGAUCUCUCCCUUCUUCUGGCAGCCUCUGGAGACUUGAGGAAUCUAGUCAAGACCAUUGCAUCUCUUCCAGAGUGGUACUGCGGACGCAUCCAUGUUGAUAUCAAUGACCGUGAUGAGACGGUUGUAGCGCGAAACCUCAUAUUCCUCCUGGUGGCAUUCCAUCUACCCCCAGAUAUUGCCAGCGAAGCAAUCAUACAUCUAUGGUACUCAGCCUUUUUGCCAGAGCCCCUUCUCCAGUCGAUUCGGGACGCGGUUUGUCCGACCAUAAGGGAAUUCUUGGAAGUAAGCCCAGUGCAGAUUUCAGGUGUUCUACAGAAAACAUGGUCAUGUGGGAGUAGUACCCUAGCCGCGACGCUCAGCAAAAAAGAGUGGAAUAGGAUUCUGUCCUACCUCCCAGAUAUACCUGACCCUCUCCAAGGGUGGACACUCACCGAAGUCUUGCAACCUUCUUACGGUGCGAAACAUGAUCUAUACGGUCAGCUAUAUGUACAUGUCAAGCAUACAUUAGCCACAUUGAGGGACAAAGAAACAUUCUAUGACAGAAUCGAGCUUGCCAACAUCGCCGACCUCGGAUACCUAGGACCACCAAAAACCCUUGCCUUAUUCGGACCCCUUCUCAAAAGCAAGAAGGAAAACCCAAAAGCCACACUUAUCAUGCUAUUCCUCAACGCUACGAGAGAGAUGUCUACACCCAAAGAUCAGGUCGCGUGUAUGUUUCGUGCCAUGGAAACACUACAGCGUUUUCUGCCAAUGAGACCCAGACAGGGAGAUCCUACAAAUAAAUAUAAUGCCGAAUUUCUGAACCAGAUGAAUGCUAUGGAUUUAUUUACGGAUAAUGAUACUCUCUUUGAGAGGCUCGUUGAAAACGCGCGGUUUAGAGAUAUGGGCCGUCCCCUUGGUCUGGAGAUGAAGACUGAGAAUAGCAUUGUUGCGAAAUGGCCCAUGCGGUUGGGAGGGAAUCCGACACAGCAUGAGUUUGAAAUGGCAUUUUGGUCUGGGCAUACUGGUUGCGAAAGCUUUCACUUGCAAGGUAGAAUAAGCCUCCUGCGUGUCUGUCACUCGAACGCUCUGCCGCAUCUUUCCUUCUUCUCUCAAUCGCGCGUUUCGAGAUUGUUGCCUGGGUUAGCCAUUGGAUUGGCGGUAGCUAUUGACACAACAGCUAGAACAAAGAGGGUGUUUAGGAUGUUCAUGAUGUGUUAA